AUGACUGCUGCACAGCUGGCACAACAACAUAACACAACACACGCAAGUCUUGUAACCGACACGGAAGUCGCAGCCACGAUUAUGGCACCCAUCCAGCAAACGGGUAAUUUCAAUUCCACAUUUACGACAGCGUUCUAUAGCAGUGGAGUUACGCCGACAUCGACAUCGAUACCGACUACAGCGAUAGCAGCUUUCUACCCGCGUGAUGAUGUUGGCGGCAGUAGCGGUGAUGAUGCCUUGGAGUGGAGCGACAGCCCUGCAACAAUUGCUGGCAGUUAUAGUGGCCUAAGUGCGGCUAUGUUAGCGGCUAUAGAUAGCACGAAUGACUACAAUGACACACAAUUGUUCGAUCAGAAUUCGAGCGAUUAUUAUGACUAUCUGCCGCCCUGUGAAUCCUUCGAUAUAGUCUCCAACUGGUCAUAUUGGAAUGUGACUUGUGAUAACGCGCUGGAAUAUGGCAUGCCUUUAUAUGGGUAUUGUAUGCCCUUUCUGUUGAUCAUUACGGUUGCUGCGAAUUCGCUGAUAGUGUUGGUAUUGAGCAAGAAACAUUUGGCGACGCCAACAAAUUUCGUGCUAAUGGCCAUGGCGAUAUGUGAUAUGCUGACGGUGAUAUUUCCGGCGCCAGGACUUUGGUAUAUGUACACAUUCGGUAAUCACUACAAGCCGCUGCAUCCGGUGUCAAUGUGUUUGGCGUAUUCUAUAUUUAAUGAG